AUGUUUGGUCUCUUCUCCGGCCAGCGGAAGGCGCCGCAGCGCGUGUCGACCGACCGCGUGGUCCCAGUCGGGUUCUUUGACGAUACUGUCAUCUUCAGGACGUUCGUCUUGUACACGCUCUUCGUCUUCGACGAUGUACUGGAUGCCGCCAAGCUUCGCGGGUCUCUCGAGAGUGUGGUGAGCCGUCCCGGCUGGGACAAGCUGGGGGCUAGGCUCAGGCGAAACGAUCGUGGAGAGCUCGAACAUCACAUACCACAAAAGUUCUCCCGGGACCGUCCCGCCAUCGGCUACGACCACGUGGAUCUAAAUGACGUGGCGAUCGAGGACCAUCCUUCGGCAUCGCGGAUCCCCCGUCCGCCAUCCGAUGGGAGACCGGCAGUUGUGGGAGACCCGAAUGAAUUGGACGACCUCAUCCAUGGUCCCCGGAUCCCGAAGGGGCUGGAUGACUACCUCUACGAGGACCAACCCGAGCUCGGCCUCCGAAUCGUGUCUUUCAAGAACUCGACAGUUGUCGUACUGCACUGGAUACACCUGGCCAUCGACGCCGUCGGUAUGAGGUCCCUCAUGCAGGCCUGGAUGCUGGCUCUCCAGGGAAGGCAUGAGGCGAUACCGAAACCGCUCGCCGCCGAGCAGUAUGCCUUGGAAGACGUCGGAAAAGCUCCCAAGGAAACCCAUGUGCUCGCUGACCGGCUCCUGUCCAUGCCGGGUCUCAUUUCAUGGGUGGUCCGGAAUGCGUACGGCCUCGCCUUUUGCAAGAAGGAGCAUCGCAUGGUCUGCAUGCCGGCGGCGUACCUCGAGAAGCUGAGGGAGAAGGCUCUGGUGGAACUUGCUGCUGCUGCUGAAGCGGCCAGCGAGGGCAGAAAGGACUCGCCGUUCGUGAGUGACGGCGACGUCCUCGUAGCGUGGGCUGCGCGUCUGUCCAUGUCAAAUCUGCCGAAAGACUCUGAGAGAUUGGUCGCCAUCCAACAGGCAUAUCAGUGGCGGCCGGUCCUGAAGGACCUCAUACCGCCCGAGCGACCAUUCCUCAGCAACUGCGUCGGUUUCUUGGUCACACUCAUCCCGGCAAAGGACCUUCUCCAGAAGCCGCUCAGCUACGCGGCGUCGCAGGUUCGCAGGUCUGUCAAGGAGCAAGGCUCGCGCGAGCAGGUCGAGGCGUACGCCGAGCUCAUCCGACGGGACCCCGGGAACAGGGCGCCGCCGUUUCUCGGCGCGAGCUCCAUGCAACUGAUCGGGUUCUCGAACUGGCAGCAGGGCAACGUGUACGGGCUCGACUUGUCGUCCGCUGCCGUCGGGCCGCGGGACGCGCCGCUGAUGCCGUCGUACGUGCAGAAUGUGCAGGGGCCGUACAACUUCACAGACGGGAUCAUCAUCGUGGGCAAGGAUGCAGGGGGGAACUACUGGAUGUCGGGAUAUAGAGUCCAGGGGCUCUGGGAGUUGAUGGAGAGAGAGAUGGCUAAGGAGGAAAUAUGA